AUGCCCGCGGCCUGUUCAUUCAACAAGUCAUCCAGUCCCCGGAGACACGUGGCCGGGGAGGGCGGGGGCAGCGGCAGACCCCGGCGGGAGCAGCUCUGCCUGGACAGCACCAUGGCCCUGUGCUCCCAAACCGGCCAAAAAGGGGCCCUGGCUCGGCGGUGGCGUCACGCCUCUCCCUUCUCUGCCCAUCCCGGUUUCCUCGUGGGGAGGCGGGGCUCCGACCUGCUGGGGGUCACCAGGGCCUGCACACCCCCACCCUCGGACAUUCCUGCUGCACCGGCUUCCCUGUGGUGCCACGCCAUCGCCAGAUGCCCGCCAUCCCGGCUUGUCAUUACCAACACUCCUUCCUUUGACGCUGGCAGCGCCGACGGAUGCCUGGGGCAGCAUGAACGGGGGCUGAGGACGGCCAGGAGAGCACUGGCACCUGGGUGCCAGAGUGGGAUCCACGCGCAUGCCCAUAGCAGGCAGCUCUGCGCGCUCACCCGGGCCGCCGACAAAGUCUGGGUCCCCAACACCGGCUUCGAGACCGCCGCCAACUGGAACCAGAACCGGACCCCGUGCGCGGGCGCCGCCGUCCAGUUCCCCGCGGACAAGGUGGUGACCGUUCUGGUGCGCGAGAAUCACGCCAUCUCCGACGUGCUCCUGCCGCUGGAUGGAGAGCUGGUUCUGGCAUCGGGAGCGGGAUUCCGUGUGGCGGGAGAUGGCCCGCGCCCCAACUGUAACGCCGGGGGCCCCGCGAUCUUCCGCAAUCCGGACCGCUUCUCGUGGUGGGACCCGCACCUGUGGCGCACCCGGAACGAGGCGCAAGGCCUCUUCUCUGUGGACGCCGAGCGCGUGCCCUGCAGCGACGACGACGUCUUCUUCCCAACCAAUGCCUCCUUCCGCGUGGAGCUCGGCCCGGGCGCCAGCCCCGCGCGCAUCCGCAGCCUUUCAGCCCUGGGUCAGACGUUCACGCGCGACAGGGACCUGGCGGCCUUCCUGGCGUCCCGCGAGGGUCGUCUGCGCUUCCACGGGCCGGGCUCGCUGAGCCUGGGCUCCCAGCCCUGCGCCGACCGGUCGGGCUGCGUCUGCGGCAACGCGGAGGUGAGCAGCCCG